CGUCGAGUGAGUUCCCUACGUUUACAUCAACCAUCAUUUCGGGGGAGGCCGCUCGGAGGCUACUCCCCGUAUCAAGUGUGAGACGAAACGGUUUCCUGCGUUCCACGUUGUCGCUGCAUGUCGGAAAGCAGCUGCGAGUGUAUUCCCCUCGUUACGCGUCUUGACCGGCAGCAGAGAGGCGCCGCGUUUCGACCAAGCUCUAUCGCCUCUGCUGAAAAGUCUGUUCAGCAGAAGAGAAGUCGGCCGGAGACGCGCCGGGGAAGACGAGGGCAUGAGGAGAGGAGAAGACAGACGAGCGGGAGCGAGAAGAAGGGGGAGAAAGAGAGAGGAGAGAGAGGUCAAAAGAAGAAACGAAGCGAGUGACACACAGAGAUGAAAGAACCUGUUUUCCCCAGCGCUGCCGGUGUAUCGAUACACCUCUCUCCUCUCGAGGGUGGCUCUGCGAUGUGCCGAUUCUGCAUGCGAGCACAGACACACGUCCAAAUCUCAGAUGUCUUCAUCUUUUUUUGCGGGGAAAAAGAAACAGAGACGCUUUGUUUUCGACGAACCUCUCAACGCACCCUUUGUCGGUGACAUCUCGUGGAGAAAGAGGGAGAAAAGGCGUUUCUCUGCACGAGGAGCCUUCGAAUCCGAGCCACAGAGUCGCCUUUCCAGAAGACAUUCCAACCCCCCUUUCUCUUCCUUCUCUAAUUUCUCUUCUUUCUUCUCUUUCUCUUCUUUCUCUUGCUUCUCUUCUUUCUUCUCCUUGUCCUCUUUGUCGUGUCUGUUUUCUUCGCUGUCUUUUCUCCCGUUCUUGCUCUUCUGUUGCUUGAUCCUUUUUCGUCCUCACUUUCUUCUGCAAUGCCGCAUAGGCCAGAGCCUGCGCCUCUCGGCGUCAGGCCAUCGGUUCCCGGCUCGUAUCGGGAGUUCGCAAAAGUCAACGGCUUCCUCGAAACGAACCGGCCCCCUUCUUCUUUUUCUCCUUUUUCUCCUCGUCCUUCUCCACCUUCGGCUCUUACGGCCGCUCUUUCUUCUUCUGUUCCACGGCACUGCCUGCCUGCCUCCUCUGCUCGGAGUUCCCCGUCUUCUUCUCCCGCCUCUGUCACGAUUUCUUCUUCCAGAGUACGCGCGUUUUUGUCUCAGAAAUAUUCUUCUUUCGUGGGCUAAGGAGAGGUCAACUGAAGAGAUCCGAGUGUAGACGCCUCUGCCGGUGCCGACGUCAACCUUUCUAUAUACGUCUAUCUAAGAACUUAGAGCAAUCUAUCUCUCUAUCCAUCGAUUUCACCUAUCUAUUCUGUCUAUUCUAUCUAUUCCAUAUAUAUAUAUAUAUAUGUAUAUGUAUAUGUUUAUGGCUGUGCCGAUACCCCCAACUUUGUUUUGUUGAAUUAUCUCUGCACAUUGUCUUGUGUCUAUUUUCUUCUUUUUCCUUCUGGAGCACCGUGCAUCGCUUUUUAUGGACCCUCAUCGUUUCUGUCUCUUCCGCUUCUCGCUGUCACACUUGUUUCGGAGCCUCUUGUUGUCAGCUGUGUGCGUCUUCGUCGCAAUGAGAACGGCAGCGAGGCACCCAUCUCUCUUGAGUCUCGAACUUGCUUUUCAAUUAUGCGUCACGCAUUGGUCGCUUCUUGCGUAAUUCUUUGUCUCCUGUCUGCUUUUCUUUCCUCUCUCUAUGCUGCGACCUCACAGCAGGAAGAACCUGCAAGAUGCGAAGAAGACGCACUCGCUGGCUGGGGGGGUUCGCCCUCUUCAGGUGUAUGUACACCUGAAAACACACCCGAGGAUCUGCUGUCGUUUCCAGAGGAGGCGCUAAGCUCCGCAGAUCCGAUCCUCCUCGAUUUCCUCCAGCAUCUCCGUCAGCUGUCUCCUGAGCAGCGGCGCUUUCUGAUGAGCCCAUACUUGCCAAGACGCGACAGAACGCCUGCGGCUGAGAAAAGUCCUUUCCAAGAAAGCGCGAAACUCGAAUUCUGGAAGCGAGCUUGCGACGCGCUUUGCCGGCUUCGCGGAAGUCCGUUUUUUUCUUCGGCUGCUCUCGCGCGGUUGCUGCCUUCUCUUCUGGGCGCUGCCGCUUGCCCCUGGUCUCUCAUGGAUCCACAGCGACUCCUCGACGGUCUCUGCUCUUCGGGGGCUGUGCAAAGAGCGAGAGAGUUGCGACAAGUCUACCUCGCGACUGUGAGACAGGCGUCUCAGGAGGCACAAGAGAUGAAGACAGGAAGACGCGCAGAAAAGAAAUGUCGAACGAUGUUUCAGUCUUCCUCAGGCAAUCAAGCACCUGCCCCUCAGCGCGCUUCUCCUCUCUCGCCCUCUCGUCCUCAGUCUCCAUCUCCACCCUCGCAGCCGACCUUGUCGUCACAGUCUGCGAGUCCUUCUUUCUCUGCUUCUCCCUCUUCUGCUCCUCCUCUCUCCGCUUCUUCCUCCUCUUCGUCCUCUCUUUCUCCUUUCUCUUUGUUUUCUUCUUGGUGUUCUGCCUCUCUCUGGCUGGAGAAGGCUGGACCUGUGUGCCAGCGUAUGUACACUCAAGUAGACAGGGUAGCCCAAGCUGCGAUCGCUUCUGUUUUCCAGAAGCUGCGACAGACGCAUGGAGGCGAGGGAGAAGGGAGUUUCGGCAGUGUCAGGACUCGCAAGAGACGCAGAGAAGACGAGAAGAAGCGACAGCUGGAAGAGGAGACAGAGGAAGGCGGCGAAUACAUUUGUGUAGCAGCAAUGGAGGAACUGACAGCUGAGUUCGUUCGCUGGCUGCGGACUUCCGCGGCGUCGCGGGAAGCCAGUUUACUCGAAGAAGAAGACAGCCUGCAUGCAGAAGGCGAGAGAACGACAGAGAGAACAACUUUUCUCUUAGCUGAGCAGAGUCUGUUGUCUUUCUGGACAACUCGCGAGCUCGCCGAGGACUCCAGCUCUUCCACUCUCCCUUUCUCCGUACAGUGCUUUCUAGGCUACCUUCUCAGUCGUUCUUCGUCUUCUUUUUUUUCUCCUCUCUCUGCUUCUUCGUCCUCUGCCUCCGCCAGUCUGCGUGCGAGUUUGUGUGUUCUGCCGACUUCGUCGAUAUGGCCUGCCGCUUCGCCUUCUUCCGACCGACGAGGAGAGGCGAGCGAGGACGAAAGCCUCUCGACCGCGCGAGGACCUGCGGCGCAGGAGGGCAGGGCCGGGACUGCCUGGCGUCGGCUGUUUCCUUGGCUGCUGCGGAAGUCUCGCGAGGAGCGCGCACAAGACGACGGGGGCGCCGUCGGCUUUCUGAAAAUCGUGAAGUUCUCCUUUGCCCGACACAGCGAAGCGACGAUCACGGAAACGGAGAAGAGCCAAGCGCUCUGUCGAUACGCGGCGCAGCAGCUGAAGGCAUCGGCAGAUCGACUGAGAGACAAGAUCGCCCACCUCCGACAGGAGGCGCUUGCGGCUGCGCGAGCUGGCGACCGCAAAACGGCGGGGCAUCUUCUUCGCUUCCUCAAACAGGUGGAAGGACGGCGAGACGAAGUUGAGCUUCUGCUCUUGCAGCUCGAAAACUGUCUGGGCCGCCAGGCUCGCAUGCGGUCCAUGAGCGUCGUCGCAGACACUCUCGCUGGAAACGAGCAAGUUCUGAAACUUCACAAAAGAAACAGCGCUGCGCUUCUGGGCGUCGCGCCGGAGACGCUGGAGACGGCGAUCGCAGACACACGAGAUGCGCAGGAGAAACUUCAACGCGCGGCCGACGCCUUUCGAGUCUUCGCUUCCCCCGGUGUCCCUCCACAGACGGACGACGCGCUGAACUCAGAGUUGGAGGACCUCGAGAGAAGAGCGCUGGAAGAGAAAACAGCUUCUCUCCUCUCAACGCUGCCGGCAGUUCCGCAUGCACUGUCUCCUCUCUCGCUGUCGCCGCGGCCCGCCUCUCCUCGCAAAGUGUCUCCGUUUCUCCCUCGCGUCGCUCGGCUGGCGAAUCGCAAGGCGCGAGUGGAACAGACUGAGAGAAACAUUCCUGUCCAGAGGCGUACCAAUUUAUCUUGCUCUGCUCUGCGGAGACAGGUCUCGAGCUACCGCCCGCAGCGCCGGAAAACGCAUGUCUACCACCCGUCUCCUCGUCUAUCGAAACACAACCAAUCACCUCUUCCUUCUGCUCUUGCUUCUCCUCCUCCUGCUUCUCUCGCUUCUGCGUUGCGGCAUCCUCCCGUCUUCAUCGGGGAGGGGGCGCAGGAAUGUCCUCUUGGCAGCUGUGGCUAGGAAAGAGGCACAGUGUCGAGGAAAGAAGCGAACUCGAGACGAAAACCAAGCACUUGACGCACUCGGAACUCUCCAGGAUUUUUUCUUCUCUUUACCUGCACCUGUCGAUCUGCUUUUCUGGCCGUCUCGCGCAUGUGCCUGUCUAUCUAGCGACUUCUCUCUCGCUCUCAGUCCAAGAAUCCAGAUGUUUUUCCAUAUAUAUAUAUAUAUAUAUGUAUAUAUACAUAUAUGUAUAUAUAUAUAUAUAUAUACAGCGACUCCCUUGUAUAAAUGGAGUUUUAUGUCUACGUGCUUCCGUCUCUCUUUGUCUUGAGCCCCUCUACACACAGUGAAGUAUUUGAAAAAGGAGAACUUUCCUGUGAGUUCCUCGCUGAACAUGUAAAUGCAGAGUGUCCUUUGCAGAUAAAUAGUGGAUGUUGUCAGGUACGCAGGUUUAUAUACAUGUAUGUAUGUAUAUACGUGUAUAUAUAUAUAUAUAUAUAUAUAUGUAUAUGUAUGUAUAUGUAUGAGUAUAAAAAUGGAUAUGAGUUUUUGAUGUAUCGAGAGGACGUCUUUUGCAGACGUCUUCGUUUCUGUUUCCUUCACUUUCUCGAUUUUUUUCGACUUGUAUACUCUGGAGAAGUUUUUUCUCUUUACACGCGCCUGACUUCCACGUAGGAAAAUACGAAGAAAGGGAUGCAGCGACGACGCAGAACUGACGUCUCUACGUCUCCAUAGAGCGGAACUUUUGUUCUCGACUUUUUUGCGCUUGUGAUGAAUGUUUGAGACUUCGUUUCUCCUCAGCUUCUCCGCGCGCGCCGCGAGCUCUGCGAGCAGCGCCUAAGACUGAAAAGUCACAGAAAUUUCUUUCUUUUUACUCUCUUCCCUCUCGCCUCUGUCAACUUGAAGCGUCGCCGCCGGUGACUUUCUGUCGUGGUCGAUCAGAGUUUCGGGAGUCCUUUUCUCCGUUGCGACUUGGCUUUCGAACUUCAUGGAACAGCAUCCGUGUGAGGCUUUUCUCUUCGUUUUUCGAGCAAAGGCGCCUUCGAUUUGCGCAAAUACGCCUUCUGUCGUGAAGCGAAGCGACAAGUUCUGAGGCGCUCACCCUGUGUGCCGCGCCUUGUUGGGGCAGGUGACUUUCUUUCGUCUGCAAAGACGCGAUCAACUGGAAGAGAGACACACACAUUCCGCACAUACCGGACUUCUGCCGUCUUCAUCACGACAAGAAAGAGACAAAACGGCACAGGCAGAC